UCGAUGUUAGAAAAUCGUGGCUAACUUCGUGUGGACAUUUUGAGCUUUUUGCAGAAAAGUUUUUGACAAAUAUCUGAUUUCCUAGACUAUUGUUUACACAAAAGUUGUUAACUAAAGGUUUGCUUGGUAUAAACAUGUCCCUCUUUUAUAAAGUGUCGCACGAAUUGGCAGAAGCGAGUCCGAUAGCGAGAAAUAAUUACAGAAGGAAGACAAGAUCAUGACUACCCCAAGUGUUGAUGAGAGAAAUAUUGACCAGCUCGUUGUAAGCUGGGAAAAGACCUUCAAGAGUGGAACAGAUUAUGAUACAUGGGGCCAACCUGUUGAAGCCACAGGAAUAUAUCAGAGAUUAUCAAAGUGCAUUAAGGAAUAUACAUGUGCUGAAAGCGAAACCUUCACUGAUGAGCAAAAGAAAAUCCUAAACAAGGUAGCGGCAUGUUUAGAGCUGAGAAGCGGGGCGCUGGUUGAUCCUGGCUUCAUCAAGGGCAUAUCACUGGAAGACUUGAAGAAAAUAGAAUCAAAUCUCAAGCAGCUUGUUGACAGUAAGCCCAGGGAGUUCCCUGUGGAUGUUGUGGCUGCUCAAGCUCACAUGCAUGCUCAGGCUGCUAAAAGGCGAUCUGAUGCUCCGCUUCCUCUGAUUCGACCUCAAGUUCAUGUGGAUGAGGAUGAAGACCCAGAGGCAGUUAAAUCUCAUGGUAGUUUACUGCCACAGCCGAUUCCACAGGAGGGAAUGACCACUGUCACUGUCCGCAUAGAAAAGAUUGGCCUGAAAGAAGCUGCACAGUUCAUAGAUUCGUUCAUCACUGUCUCAGUUAAAGACUCCCAUGGUGUUGAUGUCACAUCUCGUCAGGAUACUCCCAUCACCUCGCAGAAGGAUGACCAGUAUAUCAUAUUCAGUGUCGAUGUGCACAUUCAGAGACAUUUAGAGCUGAUGCCUAAAGGUUUUGCGAUCUUCUUUGAGUUCAAUCAUUACAAGCCAAAGAAGAAGAUCGUCAGCACCAAAUGUUGGACGUUCCUUGAGAAUGAUGAAAUAAAGGAGGGGCCACUGGCACUUGAACUAUACAAAAAACCAACAGAUAAGAGGCGGAAGAGACUGGGGUUGCUGACAGUCAAACCGUUAUUCCUGCAUUUAAAGAUCUCACUGAAUGUCUGAUUCGAACAGACUUCAGACUCCAUUAGGCUGCAUAUCCAUAGCCUAUUCAUGAGGUCCAAACACAGAACAAGGGAAAACGUCAAAAGCGAACAGUCAAUGAAUAUAUGCAACCUCAAGAUUCCCGGACUGCUUAUGGGACUGGUGUUCAUGUACUUUCACAUAACACAGGGUGACCCACAAACAUCCUGUUGGUUUUCUUUUUAUAUUGUGGAGAACAUUUUGAUUGAAUUCCCUCCAUCUUUCAUCGUCAAAUAUCUUAAUCUGAUGUCCUCAAUAUCCAUCUGGUGCUAUAAACAAAUUUGUAUAACUUUUAAAUACUCAUUACCGUGUCUAACAUUUUAAUACUUGUCCAAGAAUGGAUUGGUUUGUCCUUUUUACUAUGGUUUAAACUGAUAUAAAUUGGGUAGUUUUAUCCCGAGUAACAAACCUAUUGUAGGUUGGGUAAUGCUCUGAAGUAUGCCAAAGCAUUCUUCUUGAAUCUCUAAGAGUACCGUUCUAUAUAAAGCAAUAGUUAUUGAUUUAUGGUUUUAGCAACAUUUCUCCUUUCGAGCCAAUACUUUCUGAAGACUAAUAUUUCAUUAACUUUUAAUCAAAAUGUAAGUUGUAACUGCAUAAACAUAUUGAAUUUGUCAGAUUUUUAUUGCAAUUUUAAUGUUUUCCAAGGUUAUCAGGUUAUUUGAUACUCUGCUUUGUGACAUUCCACACUGAAAUAUCAUGCAUAAUCAUAUCAAUAAAUUGUUGAAUAUUAUUGAA